AUCGAUGUGGUACAAACUGAUUUUUUAUGGGUAAACAGUGAGGAUAUUACCCCAAAUAUGCUCAUAUCAUGCUUGAUAUCAAGAUUCAAAUUUCAGGUUCGUAUAAUUUGAAUGAACUCUGCGAAUUUGGAGGGUUGAAAAAGUUAUUUCUAGUACAUAUAUAUUAUGCUUUUAGCUUUAAGACAAGGUCGUGUAAUUAAUUCUUCCCAUUUUUCAAGGGCUUGGUAAUACGACUAUUUAUUUUAUUGACGUAAAUCUAGGCCAUCUUCUAAACAAUAAGUGUUAUAUAUAAGGUGAUGCAGUAACUAACUAUUUGGAUUGGAACUAUAAAAUCCUGCAUCCAAACUCAAUCAAUUCACACACAAAUUUGGGUAAAACUAUCUCAACAACAAAACCAAAAAUCACAAAGAGUGUGAAUCAACAAUGGCGACGAUAUCAACACAACUAGCUGUGGCCUUUCUAGUAGUAGCACUCGUCUUCGCUGUAGACGCAGCAGAGCCGCCGUCGUCUGGGCCCGUCUCAUCCUACAUAUGGCAGUUUCCGACCAAGCCCGAUCACUCGUGGCAUCCGAUCAAUGGGUCGAUGUUGAGAGACCAGAACGUCCAGGACAUUGCAAGUUUCGCGGUGGCGACGUACAACGGCGAUAGCUGGUUCUCGGGAGCGCCGCUGAAGCUGUUGAGCGUGGACGAAGGUGAGGUUCUGGCCGUCGGAGGCAUCGUGUACCAUCUUUACCUAACAGUCUCCAACGGAGUGCACGUGGCAAAAAGGUACCACACAUUUGUGUUUAUGUACCCGGGGACGAGAUGGGAGUCACUGUUGUUUGAACUCUUGAGCGAGUGAUGUUGAGAAUUAGGUUAGCUAGCUAGUGGUUAUUUUACCCCAUGGUUUCAAAUAAAUUCAGUGUAGAUUUUUGUCGAGGCUCCUUGACAUGGUUUUAAUGUAAAGGAGCAGAAUAAAUAAAGGUAUCGUUCGUUUGUUUGGAAAGUGUUUUAUGACGAAAAUUAUUUUUAGUGACUAUUCGGCGUGGUUGAUAAGAUUUUUUAUAUUGACCGAACAGUGGUUGCUAAAGAUUAAAAAUCACCAAAGGUCAGAUAGCCCAGUUGGUAGGGAUGAGGUUUGGAUUGUGAUGACGGUCGACAGGGUCACGAUUUUGAAUCACCGUUUCACCUUCUGGGGGUUUACGGAGGUAGACAGGAUCGGCUACGACCGCACAAACGGAAUGUAUGUCCUGUAAGUUGGCCCGACUCCGACAUCGCUUAAGUGGUGACUGUGGAGGGUGAUCCAUGUUCCCUUAAAAAAAGGCUAAAUUACACGUAUGAUCACUGAAUUACAUAAAUCUUUCAAGUUUGUCACUCUAAUUAAUCAAUUAAGUUAACAACAAUGAAAAACAAUAUAAAUAUUAAUUAAUGUGCAAAUAUGAGUUAGAUUUUCUACGCCCUUUCUUUUGUUCUAGUUUCCUUUGAUCUUUUUCAUCAAACGUGAAAUCCUUUGUUCCUCAGGUUCUAAUAUAUGUUGCUAAAUGUUACUUUCAAAAGGAGAACAAAGAAUUGAUAACUUAUAUAUGUUAUAUUAAAAUUUAAAUGGAAUUUUCCCGUUUAUUAUUAUUGUCCUUGUGGCAACAUUAUACUUAUUAGUACAUAUUGCCCUUGUUUUUUUGUUCAUAUCAUAAACAUUACAAACAAAUGGGAAAAGGUUUGGCAUUUUCAUGAGGCGUCGUGACCAUUUAAUUAGCUUUCCCACAAUCUCUCAUUCUAUUGAUUGGCAAAGGUUUUUUUUUUUUGAAAAAAUGCAUAAAUGUACACCCUUCACCUCAAAUAACUCAAACAAUUAGUGAAUUUAUGUUUUUGUUCUCGAGCUCUCAUGCCAAUUGCAAUAAUGGCGACUAAGGAGCUGACGAUAUGCCUUGCGAUACAUAUUCUUCUAUAAAGGAUGGAACUCACUCAUAUCCGCUCAUAAGUAGAGUAGACUAACCGCUCAUAAGUAGAGUAGUUGGUCUACGUUUAGAGAAGUCGAAAAGUGGUGUUUCAUGAAAUUAUGUUGGUAAUGUCUAAUGGGUAUUUGGUCCUUGUCACGAUAAUUGCAAGUGGCAAAAGAAACAAGGGUGUAAGUGGUGUAAUGACUUAUGAGAACUGCUAGCAAGAAUACACUAGAUAUCUUUUGGUAAAUCAAACUACAAAGCAAUAGCUACAUAUUGAUGUGGAUGAUCCAUAAAAGUUAGCAGGAGUAGUUGUAGGACUAGCUUGCGAGGCUUUCUUAUAACGGCGACGUGCUAAGUUUUAUCUCAAAUGGUUUCUCUCUACUUUAGGCAGUAUUUCUUGCAUCUAAUAUAUAUGUGGAUGAAAAAAAUAUUAAACUACAUUUAGUUUAUGAGGUAUCUGGGGGACUCAUGAAAGGAAAUGUAUAAUUCAUAUUCUAUGUGUUACUUUCAUUGCAUCUAAAAUUAGUAUGGAUUUUACAUGGUCAAUUUUACCUCAAGGAAAAGCUAUUGAGGAGUGCAGUAGGUCAGCAGGUGGUUACAGGCUAUGGAUGUAGGAUGUCUCAAAUAUAGAAUCUGAGGGUACUACCGCAUGUAAUCCCAGAUUAGCUGCAAUGUAUGAUACUAAGGAUGUUGAUCAACAACUUGUACACCACUUGAUCCCUUUUGCUUUAGUAGGUCUCGUUCAGUGAACUACUAGCGUUUCCUUUUAGAUGAAUAUACCAGUGCUAUCACAUAAAGACGAACCUGUUGGACCGAUAAAACUGGAAUUCAACC